UAGUCUCCACGCACCACUUUUUUCCAUCAUAUUCUCUUCUUCUUACUUUAUCUUCUCAGAGAUAAGCUUCUGGAGAAUAAAUAAUUAACGAGUCAUGGACUCAGUACAACUCGCGGAGUUGCUUCCGGGUUUACCCGAGGAACUCGCUCUCGAAUGUUUGACUCGGUUGCACUACUCGGCUCACUCGGUGGCCUCGCUCGUUUGUCGGCGCUGGCGGGAGAUUCUUCUCAGCCGGGAGUUUUAUUAUCAUAGGAAGAAAAUGGGGCAUACGCAUAAGGCGGCAUGUCUGGUUCACGCGCGGCCGGUUCCGUCCGAUUCGAAACCGGUGGGGCAACCGAGUUACGGCGUUUCAAUGUUUGACCCGGUGAGUGGGGAUUGGGCGUGGGUCGACCCGAUUCCGAAGUACCGGAAUGGGUUACCGAUGUUUUGCCAAAUUGUGAGUACGGAGGGGAAGUUAGUGGUGAUGGGCGGGUGGGACCCGGAGAAUUGGGACCCAGUGAAGGAUAUUUUUGUGUACGACUUCGCCACGCGCGGGUGGACUCGGUGCUCGGACAUGCCCUCCAAGCGGUCGUUCUUCGCCGUGGGGGCCGCCGACGGGCGCGUCUUCGUCGCCGGCGGCCACGACGAGAGCAAGAACGCGCUGAGCUCGGCGUGGGUGUUCGAUAUCCGGCGGGACGAGUGGGCCGAGCUGCCCCGGAUGGCCGAGGAGCGAGACGAGUGCGAGGGCGUGGUAAUCGGGUCGGAGUUCUGGGUCGUCAGCGGGUACGACACCGAGUCGCAGGGCCGGUUCAAGAGCAGCGCCGAGUCAAUGGAACUCAGUUCCGGCGAGUGGAAGCGAGUCGACGACGCGUGGGGCGCCAAUCGCUGCCCAAGAGCGUGCGUGGGAAUCGGCAAGGACGGCAAUUUACUAUGCUGGGCAGAGUCCGACCCGGGAAUCCGGGUCGGAGCCUGCGGGAUUGAUCUGGGCGAAAUGACAAUAGUGACCGGGGCACCAUACCAGGGUGCACCGCACGGUUUUUUCUUCUCUGGAGGGCAAAAUCGUAAACUGGUGAAAAUAGACGUCCCAGAUGAAUUCCUUGGAUUUGUGCAGUCUGGAUGCGCAGUUGAGAUAUAAAUAUUUGUUUAUAAAAUAUAUAUCUAAAAAUGAAAACUCCAUAAUUAUUAGUGUGGGGGUUUGUGGUGACGUCGGCAUAGUAGUACUGGUUUUUCGUACUACUAUGUUGCCACCUCUAUCAAAACAGUUUAUGCUUUCAGUUGGGUUUUUUGUGUGACGGUUAUUGUAUUUUCCUUUUAUAUAAAAUAUAGAUAAAUGUAGAUAUUGAGUUUGUACCUCUUUGGUUCAAAUAUUAGAAUUAAUGAGUUUAAGAAAGAA